UUCCCGUACGAGUGGCCCACCCGAACGAGUGGCCCACCAAAACACCAAAACGCGUCAAUGUGACUAUAGUCAACAAUGCCACGACCAACACAAGCCAAAUCCUCUAAUCAAGAGGAUAGAAUACUAUUAGCUAUGCAAGCAAUUAAACAAGGCCAGUUUCAAAGUGUCCGAGUAGCUGCAGCAUCGUACGAUAUCCCUCGAACAACACUACGUCGACGAAUUCAAGGAAUGACAUCCCGACGCGAUUCUACACCUAACUUACAGAAGUUGACUCCGUACGAAGAGUCAGCUCUUGUUCAGUAUAUCCUCGACCUAGAUUCACGUGGAUUUCCACCCCGGCCACAAGCUGUACAAGAAAUGGCUGACCUUCUACUCUCUGAACGAGGCGAGAGCCCUGUUGGGAAGAACUGGGCUACAGGCUUCAUAACGCGUCGUACGGAAAUCAAAUCAAAGUUUAGUCGGAAGUACGACUAUAAACGAGCAAAAUGCGAAGAUCCUAAGAUAAUUCAAGAGUGGUUCUCUCUCGUACGAAACACAGUUGCAAAAUACGGCAUCUUAGAGUAGG